AUGGAGAACUACCAAAAACUUGAGAAGGUCGGCGAGGGCACCUAUGGCGUCGUGUAUAAAGCACGCGACCUGGCCAAUGGAGGCCGCAUCGUCGCGCUCAAGAAGAUCCGUCUUGAAGACGACGAUGAAGGCGUACCGUCCACGGCCAUCCGUGAGAUCAGCCUGAUGAAGGAGAUGCGCGACCCUAACGUGCUGCGCCUGCUCAACAUCGUCGUCGCUGACAGCCACAAGCUGUACCUCGUGCUGGAGUUCCUCGACCUGGACCUCAAGAAGUACAUGGAGUCGCUGCCUGUCGCCGACGGCGGCCGGGGCAAGGCCCUCCCCGCAGGCACCGGCCCCGAGCUCAGCCGCCUCGGGCUCGGCGACGCCAUCAUCAAGAAGUUCAUGAGCCAGCUCUGCAAGGGCAUACGCUACUGCCACAGCCGCCGGAUCCUGCACCGCGACCUCAAGCCGCAGAACCUGCUCAUCGAUCGGGAGGGCAACCUGAAGCUCGCAGACUUUGGCCUGGCGCGCGCGUUCGGCGUCCCGCUGCGCACGUACACGCACGAGGUGGUCACGCUCUGGUACCGCGCCCCUGAGAUUCUGCUCGGUGGCCGGCAGUACUCUACUGGCGUAGACAUGUGGUCGGCGGGCUGCAUCUUUGCCGAAAUGUGCACGCGGAAGCCUCUCUUCCCGGGCGACUCGGAGAUCGACGAGAUCUUCAAGAUCUUCCGCCUUCUCGGCACCCCAACCGAAGAGGUCUGGCCAGGCGUCACCUCGUACCCCGACUUCAAGCCGUCUUUCCCCAAAUGGACGCGAGACUAUGAUGCACCCCUUUGCACGAACCUUGACGAUGCCGGACUAGAGCUGCUAGAGAUGAUGCUUGUCUAUGAUCCUGUUGCUCGAAUAUCUGCCAAACAAGCGUGCUAUCAUCGAUACUUUGACGAUUCCCCCCAGCCACAUACCCAGGCUCACUACACCAAUGGUUAUCAUUAG